AUGGAGUCCGCAUGCAAAACGUGGGUGACUUUCUACUACAUCUGCGGACAUGUCGAGGAGCGUCCCGUUAAGCACCGAAAACAGUGCAAAGCUGUGCAUUGCCACUCCUUGCCACCCAAUAUCCCACCGGUAGACUUCCCACUGGAACAGACUCAGCCAGAGACCCGACACUGCAAGAAACUCGAGUUGGUCGUCACAAUCAGCCACUCCACCUGCUCUCGCUGCCUUGACAAGUCGACCUCGUCUAUCGCGCCAAUUUCUCAGCCCCUCCUCGGGGAGCGCCGCACCCGCUGGUCAAAUUACCAGAAAGAGGUGCAGAACAUCUGCAAGGAGAUGGCUGACCGCCGUUUCAAAGCUCGACAGGAGCGAGAUGCUGCGGACAAAGACCUCGAUCCAUGGGAGAGACAUUCUGGUCCUGAUCGCUUCCGACGAUUCAGAUCGUGGAUCCGAUGGGUCCGUGAGCAGGAUCCUGAGGGAGAAGAGGUGGAGUUCUCGGACUUGGAUAAGGAUUCUAAUGAGGAGACUGCCGAGGAGCAUGAGCGUUUGCCGUGUGCUGAUGGUUGCAAGACGUCCCUUGUGAAGCGAAAAUCCCUGCAGACCGAAGCGUGA